CAGAAUCUCAAGUGAACAGACGUCAGAUGCUGGAUAACGAGAUGCAGUGUUGUUGGGAAGAGGGUAUAGCUGAGUGGUAGAGCGCGUGCUUAGCACGCAUGAGGUCCUGGGUUCAAUCCCCAGUACCUCCAUUUAAAAAUAAAUAAAUAAAUCUAAUUACCCUCCCCCCCCCAAAAAAGAUGAGGUAUUUUUUAUACUCCAUUGCUCUUCAGGACAUGGGCUUAAACCAUUGGAUAUUUAGUUUAUGAAGUAUGUGCAUGAAGUGAGUAUUACCCCACUUACUGUCAAAGCAGACGUGCUCACACCGGAGGAGUACCAACAGUUUAGAAAAGAGAGAAUGAAAGAAAUCCAAGAAUAUAAAAUUAAAAGACAUGUAUUUCCAGAAGCAGAUGACAAUGAAGAAGAAAAGCUUGUUAAAAACAUGAACGACUGUUUACUUCUUGCUGUCAUCGAGGUUAAUGGCAAAAGGGUCAGAAGAAGGCCAGGACUGUUUUGUUGGGCCCUUGAGCUAAGAACUAAAAAUAAAUUUUUUUUUUUAGUGGAUUGUAAAACAAAACAAAACCAAAGAAGAGUAUGUGCUAAAGAUGGAUGUUGGGUAUUGCUGAACUUAAACGUAGCGAACAUUUGGAUUUUACAGUUCUAGGAGACAUGUUGAUUAGAACACACAUGCAGGACUUGAUGUUCCAGGUAACAUGCCCUAUGAGGACUACAGAAGCUGAAAACUGGCAGCUGUGACUUACAAUGGAGUUGACAACAAAAGCAGAGGGCAGCUUCCUAAGAGCCCUCAGGCGUAAAAGGAAGAAGAAAGAAAGGAGUGUGUAGCUAAGAUGAAGAAGGUGGGGGUGGAGCACGUGUUUGAGAUGAAGGCCAAAGAAUAAGUUCAAAAGCUGAAGGACUCUGAAGCUGAUCUCCAACAAUGCCAUGAGCAAAUGAAAAAGAAUUCGAAAGCACUACACAAAAAAUUAGAGGAAAACAGUCCUCAGUCUGAAGAUGAGAAAGCAAACUGGGAAGCUCAACAACGUGCUUUGGAAUAAGCAAACGCUUCUUCAAGACCCUUGGAAAAUAAUGAGAAGAAAGGGAACAUCUUUUAAAACCUCUGUUGACCACCAGUUACAUAAAGCCUCUGAUCCAUUUCUAAUUAAUUUUUGUGUAUGAUAUGUGGUAGGGGGUUAAAGUUCAUUUUUUCCCCAUAUAGAUAUAGGGGUCCAGUACCAUUUGUUGAAAAGACCAUCUUUUGCCCAUUGAAUUAUAUCAGUACCUUUGUUGGAAAUCAGUUGACCACAUGUGUGUGGGUCUAAUUCUAGACCCUCUGUUUUGUUCCCAUGAGCCAUUGCCACACUGAAUUGAUUACUGUAGCUUUAUAGAAAAUCUUAAGUCAAGUGGUAUAAGUGUACCAACUUUGUUCUUUUUAAAAAUUAUUUUGACUACUCUAGAUCUUUUGCUUUUCCCUAUAAAUUUUAGAAUCAGCUUGGCAGCUUCUACGAAAAACCCUGCUUGGAUUUUGCUUGGGAGUACACUGAAUCUGUAGAUCAAUUUGAGAAGAAUGGACAUUUCACAAUAUUAAAUGUGCUAGUCCAUGAACAUGGUAUAGCUCUGCAUUUAUUUAGGUCUCAUAUAAUUUCAUGGAUAGGAAGAAUCAAUAUUCAUCAUCAUUUUCAGUAGCUUCAUAGUACAACAGUAUGUGGUUGUGUCAUUAGUCAUCCAAUUGCCUGUCAUUCCCUGAGAUUCUGUCCAGUUUCCACCUAUUACAGGCAGUGCUACAGUGGAUAUCUCUGUCAUUCUGUCUUCGCACACACACUUGAUUACUUACAUAGAGAAAAUCUGGAGCCAAGUUAACCCUCUUGACUAUUCUUUGCUAUUUGCCUUAUUUAAACUGGUGGUGAUUUACGUGCAGUGGGAUGGGGAAUGCCAGUGAUCAGGCCUGCAUUCGGUGAGGCCCAGUGCACAGUGACUUAGAACAGGGGUCAGCUAACUGGCAGCAGGCCAGGAUUGUUUUGUUGGGCCCUCGAGCUAAGAGGUUAGAAAAAAAUAAAUUUUUUUUGAUGGAUUGUAAAACAAAACAAGAACAAAGAAGAGUAUGUGCUAAAGAUUGAUGUGGCCCACAAAGCUUAAAAUGUUUAUUGCCUGGACCUUUAUAGAAGAAGUUUACUGACCCCUGAUGUAGAGCAAUGCUCUGCACUGGACAGACCUGAUCAGGUCCCCACCCACUACUUACUAAGCCCAGGAUUGACGUUGGCCAAGUUCCUAGCUCCUUUUGCUCCAGUUCUCUUUCUUCAUCUGUGCAACAGGGGCUGGGAGAGUACAAAGAGGUGUGGCAGCCACAGGGCUGUUUUCUUUCUGUCCGAAGUUGCAGGAACUCAAGUAGCCUGACUGCAUGUGUGAAUCGUGAGCAGGCCUCUCACUGUCCGUCAUCCUUGUCUGGGGCACUGUUCGUGGUCCUGGGCAUCAGGCUUAUGACCUGGCCCCGCCAGCUACCUGGAGAGAUGGGGUACAUACCAAAGACACUGAAAAAGCCCACAGACUGCAGCUUGAAAUAGUGUGGGACUGGCGCCAACCCAGUGCACUUGGCCUCAGUGGAAACGAAGAAAACCACAAAUCGGGCUUCAAGUUCCCUGCUGGAGGCCUGCCCUCACCCCAGCGCUCCGCAACCCACCACUGUGGACUGUUUCCAGAGAAUGCAGAUGUUGGCUGCUUCCUGGGGCUAUCACUUUACACAGAGGUGAGCCCAGGCCAGCAUGGGGGACUCCAGGGAAAUUUGCCCUCAUCUUGACUCAAUAGGGGAGGUGACCAAAGAGGACUUGCUGCUCAAAUCCAAGGGCACCUGUCAAUCAUGUGGCGUUGCUGGACCGAACCUGUGGGCCUGCCUCCAGGUCGCCUGCCCCUACGUUGGCUGCGGAGAAUCCUACGCUGACCACAGCACCAUUCACGCGCAGGUGAAAAAGCACAACCUGACAGUGAACCUGACCACGUUCCGGGUGUGGUGUUACGCCUGUGAGAAGGAGGUGUUCCUGGAGCAACGGCUGGCGGCCCAUCCCCCUGGCCCCCCACCUAAGUUCUCGGAGCAGGACUCUCCACCGCCCUCCCACCCUCUGAAAGCCGUCCCUAUCGCUGUGGCUGAUGAAGGAGAGUCCGAGUCAGAGGACGAUGACCUCAAACCUCGAGGCCUCACGGGCAUGAAGAACCUGGGCAACUCAUGCUACAUGAACGCGGCCCUGCAGGCCCUGUCCAACUGCCCUCCACUGACCCAGUUCUUCUUGGAGUGUGGAGGCCUGGUGCGCACAGACAAGAAGCCUGCCCUGUGCAAAAGUUACCAGAAGCUGGUGUCUGAGGUCUGGCACAGGAAGCGCCCAAGCUACGUGGUUCCCACCAGCCUGUCCCAUGGGAUCAAGUUGGUCAACCCGAUGUUUCGAGGCUAUGCUCAGCAGGACACCCAGGAGUUCCUGCGCUGCCUCAUGGACCAGCUGCACGAGGAGCUCAAGGAGCCGGUCGUGGCGGCCGUGGCGCUGACUGAGGCUCGGGACUCGGACUCGAGCGACACAGAUGAGAAGCGGGAGGGUGACCGGAGCCCGUCAGAGGACGAGUUCCUGUCCUGCGACUCCAGCAGCGACCGCGGUGACGGGGAGGCGCAGGGCCGCGGCGGGGGCGGCUCGCAGGCCGAGGCGGAGCUGCUGAUGUCAGAGGAGGCAGGCCGCGCCAUCUCCGAGAAGGAGCGGAUGAAGGACCGCAAGUUCUCCUGGGGCCAGCAGCGCACGAACUCGGAGCAGGUGGACGAGGACGCCGACGUGGACACCGCCAUGGCCGCCCUGGACCAGCUGACCCCGGAGACGCAGCCCCCAUCACCGCGGUCCGCCAGCCCCUGCCGAACGCCAGAGCCGGACAACGAGGCCCACAUGCGCAGCGCCUCUCGUCCCUGCAGCCCCGUCCACCACCACGAGGGCCACGCCAAGCUGCCCAGCAGCCCUCCACGCGCGAGCCCCGUGAGGAUGGGGCCGUCCUACGUGCUCAAGAAAGCCCAGGUACCGAGCACCAGCAGCCGCAGGCGGAAGGAGCAGCGCUACCGCAGCGUCAUCUCAGACAUCUUCGACGGCUCCAUCCUCAGCCUCGUGCAGUGUCUCACCUGUGACCGGGUGUCCACCACAGUGGAGACGUUCCAGGACCUUUCGCUGCCCAUUCCUGGCAAGGAGGACCUGGCCAAGCUCCACUCGGCCAUCUACCAGAACGUGCCGGCCAAGCCAGGCACCUGUGGGGACACCUACGCCGCCCAGGGCUGGCUUGCCUUUAUCGUGGAGUAUAUCCGACGGUUCGUGGUAUCCUGUACCCCCAGCUGGUUUUGGGGGCCAGUCGUCACCCUGGAAGACUGCCUCGCUGCCUUCUUUGCUGCUGAUGAGCUGAAGGGUGACAACAUGUACAGCUGUGAACGGUGUAAAAAGCUGCGGAAUGGAGUGAAGUACUGUAAGGUCCUGCGGUUGCCCGAGAUCCUGUGCAUUCACCUGAAGCGCUUUCGACACGAGGUGAUGUACUCAUUCAAGAUCAGCAGCCACGUCUCCUUCCCCCUCGAGGGACUUGACCUGCGCCCCUUCCUCGCCAAGGAGUGCACGUCCCAGAUCACCACCUACGACCUCCUCUCGGUCAUCUGCCACCAUGGCACGGCAGGCAGUGGCCACUACAUCGCCUACUGCCAGAACGUGAUCAACGGGCAGUGGUAUGAGUUUGAUGACCAGUAUGUCACCGAGGUCCACGAGACAGUGGUGCAGAAUGCCGAGGCCUACGUGCUCUUCUACAGAAAGAGCAGCGAGGAGGCCAUGCGGGAGCGGCAGCAGGUGGUAUCCCUCGCGGCCAUGCGGGAGCCCAGCCUGCUGCGGUUCUACGUGUCCCGGGAAUGGCUCAACAAGUUCAACACCUUCGCCGAGCCGGGGCCCAUCACCAACCACACCUUCCUCUGCGCCCAUGGAGGCAUCCCGCCCAACAAAUACCACUACAUUGAUGACCUGGUGGUGAUCCUGCCCCAGAACGUGUGGGAGCACCUCUACAACAGGUUUGGGGGUGGCCCUGCCGUGAACCAUCUGUACGUGUGCUCCAUCUGUCAGGUGGAGAUCGAGGCGCUGGCCAAGCGCAGGCGGAUUGAGAUCGACACCUUCAUUAAGCUGAACAAGGCAUUCCAGGCGGAGGAGUCACCCAGCGUCAUCUACUGCAUCAGCAUGCAGUGGUUCCGGGAGUGGGAGGCCUUCGUCAAGGGGAAGGACAAUGAGCCCCCCGGGCCCAUUGACAACAGCAGGAUCGCACAGGUCAAAGGAAGCGGCCACAUCCAGCUGAAGCCGGGCGCUGACUACGGGCAGAUUUCAGAGGAGACCUGGGUGUACCUGAACAGCCUGUACGGCGGCGGCCCCGAGAUCGCCAUCCGACAGAGUGUGGCCCAGCCCCAGGACUCAGAGAGCUUACACGGGGAGCAGAAGAUCGAAGCCGAGACCCGGGCCGUGUGACUCAGUGGGCCAGUCUGCCCCACCUUUGCCCUCCUCCCUGCGGAGGGGGUGUCUGUACCCAGAAAAGAGGCCGGCCGCUUUGGAAACCCAGAUGUGUAAAGAGGCAGAAAAGUUCUUUUGGGUCACAGUGAGUAACGCUGCCGCUGGGAAAUAGAUCUGCUUCAGGCUCGUUUAAACGACCAAGGCUCUGCGACAUUAACUCGGGUCUCCGUCCCAGCAGUGCUCUCACGUCACUGCGUCGUUGUGUCCCCCAAACAUGCCCGCUCGCCAGCUCAGGCCUCCCUGUUGUCCCUGGAGCUCUCAGUCAGGGGCCAUGGCCUUGGGACAGACGGUCCGGAAGGGGCUGCCGCUUCCCAGGCUGGGCGCCUGGUCCAGCACCCACUGCGUGUGGAUGGUCAGCGCUGGCGGGCAGGGCGCCGGGCACUUGGCAGGGAGGGUACAGCCGCUUGUCACUGGAGCCCAUUCCUCACGAGGCCCUGCUUCACCUGUGCACCUCCUGGUUGGCACAGGAGUCUCCUGAGUCCUGGGCUGCUCUCAGCAUUUUUCCUGCAGACUAAUAACCCGGACUUAUUGGCGAUGGGGACCGCAGGGCGGGGUUGGCUUUCUGUUGAUGGUGACUGUUUCUGGGUCCCCUCGCACCCUGUGCUGCUGAGCUGGCCCUGUGGAUUGGCUGUAACUUCCCCUGCCAGGGACCCAGAGAAUGAAGCAGAAACACCUCGCGUCGCUGUCACUUGCUGCUAAGACAGCUCCCCUGGGGGCUGACGCUGGAGCAGACAUACCCACUUUCUCCUCAUCACCGCUGAGCUGUGUGGGUUCCCUGGCCCAGGAGGGGCAGCACUGGGGCUGCUCUCACGCGUGGGUCCCGGAAGUGUGUCUUCUGGAUGCUGAGCGAGGCCUCUGCUGGGGCACUGGGACCACGGAGCACAGUGAGGUGGCACUGAAGCCCCCUGGAGGACACAGCGGGGGUCAGGAGAUGCUCACCUUGUCAGGGACAUAGGGAGUGGGGUGUGGGGAAGGAGUCCCAGAACCAAAUUCCCCCAACACCGUGGCCUUCAGUCUCCGGAGAAGCAGUGUCGGCGGCAGUCCCCGCGGCAGUUCUGGCAGAGCCCCUGGAGCGCUCACCACGCGCCCUCACUUCUGUGAUCUUGUUUCACGCGGAUCUGGUUCCUUCCCCACCAAGGCGGCACCCGAUCAAAGAGCAAGCCACUGUGGGAGUCUGGACACUUGCCGCCGUCCUUUGGAAGUUGCUGCCGCAGCCAGCGGCGACCCCAGCGCUGGGCCCGCGGCCACAUGUUGCGCUGUCUGGGACGUGGAGACUCUGCAGUGCGGGCUGUGAUCUCGCCCCGCACCUGCGCGGUCUGGUGUGUGUUCAGAGUGUCGUAAUAAACACAUAUGCGCCCCCACA